UGCCGAGGGGAGUUAGGACAUAGAAAACGCAGGGGAAGAGGUACACUGAAUUUUUCCAGACUGUAUUGUUGGAGCUGGGCUUUCCGUUGCCCAGAUCCAGUGUCCCUUGAUCGCUAUUCUACCCUCUCCAUUUUUUCUUUCUUCACAGAAUCAUAAUUACCAAGCUAAACAACCAAACCAUUUGCAGACAACAAUGGCGGACUCUUCCGGCACCACCCUCAUGGAUCUAAUUACGGCGGACCCCUCCCCUGCCUCCGCCCCUGCUACUUCAUCCUCAUCAUCCUCUUCUUCUUCUUCAGCAUCAUCCAUCCCGGCAGGGCCGCCAACUGCUUUGGGGAAGCCUUCCGGCGAGAAGCGUUCCAAGAGAGCAACCCUCCUACAGAUCCAGAACGAUACCAUCUCUGCUGCCAAAGCUGCAUUGCAUCCUGUUCGCACUAACAUAAUGAUGCCCCAGAAGCAGAAGAAGAAGAAGCCUGUUUCGUAUUCACAACUUGCCAGAAGCAUUCACGAGCUUGCUGCCGCAUCCGAUCAGAAAAGUUCCCAGAAGCAGUUACUGAACCAUGUGUUUCCCAAGUUAGCUGUGUACAAUUCAGUUGACCCUUCUUUGGCACCUUCCCUGCUUAUGCUUAAUCAGCAGUGUGAAGACAGGAGUGUUCUACGGUAUGUCUAUUAUUACUUAGCCAGGAUUUUGUCGGAUAAUGGGGCACAAGGUGUAAGUACUGGUGGUGGGAUUCCAACUCCAAACUGGGAUGCAUUAGCUGACAUAGAUGCUGUUGGUGGGGUGACUAGAGCUGAUGUUGUACCUAGAAUUAUAGCUCUGCUGACAACCGAGGCUUCAAAUGUUGAAGUAGAAUUUCAUGCCAGAAGGCUGCAAGCAUUGAAGGCUCUUACAUAUGCUCCCUCAAGCAACUCCGAGAUAUUAUCAAAAUUGUAUGAAAUUGUAUUUGGGAUUCUUGAUAAGGUAGCUGAUGCCCCGCACAAACGCAAGAAAGGUGUGUUUGGGACUAAAGGUGGCGAUAAGGAGUUUAUCAUCCGGAGUAAUUUGCAAUACGGUGCCUUAAGUGCUUUGCGAAGGCUUCCUCUGGAUCCAGGAAACCCAGCAUUUCUGCAUAGAGCGUCACAGGGGGUUUCAUUUGCUGACCCUGUUGCUGUGAGGCAUUCUUUGGAAAUUCUUUCUGAGCUAGCUACCAAAGAUCCUUAUGCAGUUGCAAUGGCCAUAGGGAAACUUGCACAGCCUGGAGGGGCUCUGCAGGAUGUGCUGCAUUUGCAUGAUGUUCUUGCAAGAGUUGCACUAGCUAGAUUGUGUUAUACUAUAUCUAGAGCUCGAGCACUAGAUGAGAGGCCUGAUAUUAAAUCUCAGUUCAACUCUGUGCUCUAUCAACUGCUUCUGGAUCCGAGUGAAAGAGUCUGCUUUGAGGCAAUCUUAUGUGUUUUGGGAAAACAUGACAAUGCAGAGAGGACUGAAGAGCGAGCUGCUGGGUGGUAUCGUUUGACUAGGGAGAUUCUGAAAUUGCCAGAAGCGCCUUCUCUGAAGGAAGCUGCUAAAGAUAAAUCCCAAAAGACAAGGCGUCCGCAACCUCUUAUUAAGCUUGUAAUGAGAAGGCUGGAGAGUUCUUUUCGUAGUUUUUCUAGGCCAGUACUGCAUGCUGCAGCAAGAGUUGUUCAGGAGAUGGGGAGAAGCCGGGCUGCUGCAUUUGCUUUAGGUGUACAAGACAUUGAUGAAGGGGCACAUAUUAAUUCAUUUUCGGAGACAAUAGAUUCACACGACUCAGAUAGUACUGAAGCCCCACAUUCUGAAAGUUCCCGGAGAACCGCUUCCAUAUCUAAUGGAACUGGUAGCAAGGACACAAUUGCAAGUUUGUUAGCAUCAUUGAUGGAAGUUGUGCGGACAACUGUUGCCUGUGAAUGUGUUUAUGUUAGAGCGAUGGUUAUUAAAGCUUUGAUUUGGAUGCAAAGUCCACAUGAUUCAUUUGAUGAGCUGAAAUCCAUUAUUGCAUCAGAACUUUCUGAUCCAGCUUGGCCAGCCACGCUUCUGAACGAUGUUUUACUUACUUUGCAUGCUCGUUUUAAGGCAACUCCAGAUAUGGCUGUCACGCUUCUUGAAAUUGCAAGGAUCUUUGCUACCAAAGUUCCAGGGAAGAUCGAUGCUGAUGUGUUACAACUACUAUGGAAAACAUGCCUAGUUGGAGCUGGUCCUGAUGGGAAACACACUGCUUUAGAGGCAGUUACCAUAGUUCUUGAUCUACCUCCACCACAACCUGGAUCAAUGAUGGGGUUGACAUCAGUGGAUCGAGUGUCAGCAUCAGAUCCAAAAUCAGCUUUGGCACUGCAGAGAUUAGUUCAAGCAGCAGUAUGGUUUCUUGGAGAAAAUGCGAACUACGCUGCUUCUGAAUAUGCCUGGGAAUCUGCAACACCUCCUGGCACUGCAUUGAUGAUGCUAGAUGCUGAUAAAAUGGUUGCUGCUGCCAGCUCUCGUAACCCAACUCUAGCUGGUGCAUUGACUCGACUUCAAAGGUGUGCAUUCAGUGGGAGCUGGGAGGUUCGAAUUGUUGCUGCCCAAGCUCUUACAACCAUGGCGAUUAGGUCUGGUGAGCCUUAUAGGCUACAGAUUUAUGAAUUCUUGCACACUUUAGCUCAGGGUGGUGUUCAGUCUCAACUGUCAGAGACGCAUCUCAGUAAUGGGGAAGAUCAAGGAGCCAGUGGUACUGGCCUUGGAGUUUUGAUCAGUCCCAUGAUAAAGGUUCUUGAUGAAAUGUAUAGAGCACAAGAUGAAUUGAUUAAAGAUAUUCGUUACCAUGACAAUGCACAAAAAGAAUGGGCAGAUGAAGAACUGAAAAAACUGUAUGAAACCCAUGAAAGGUUGCUUGAUCUGGUUUCACUGUUUUGUUAUGUUCCAAGAGCAAAGUAUCUACCAUUGGGGCCAAUAAGUGGAAAACUGAUUGAUAAAUAUCGCUCAAAGCACAAUAUCAGUGCAUCAACUGGUUUGAGUGAUCCAGCUGUUGCUACUGGAAUUUCCGAUCUUAUUUAUGACUCCAAACCAGCACCUGCUGACUCUGAUGCACUUGAUGAUGACCUAGUCAAUGCAUGGGCAGCAAAUCUCGGUGAUGAUGGAUUGUUUGGAAAGAAUGCGCCAGCUGUGAACAGGGUUAAUGAAUUUUUGGCUGGUGCUGGAACUGAUGCUCCUGAUGUUGACGAUGAACAUAUCAUCUCCAGACCUUCAGUUAGUUAUGAUGAUAUGUGGGCAAAGACACUUCUAGAGACUACAGAAAUAGAAGAAGAUGCAAGGUCAUCUGGAUCAUCAUCUCCAGAUUCAACAGGAUCAGUUGAAACUUCCAUAUCGUCUCACUUUGGUGGAAUGAGCUACCCUUCAUUGUUCAGUUCACGACCGGAGAGGUCAGGAGGAAGCAGAUUCAGCACUGCCGCUACAAGUGGUCCUUCAUUGUAUGAGGGUGUUGGCUCCCCGAUUCGAGAAGAGCCUCCGCCAUACUCAUCACCUGUUAGGCAAAGGUUUGAGUCCUUUGACAGUCCUCUGGCUGGCCGAGGAUCCCAGAGUUUUGAAUCUCAAGAUGAGGAACGGGUUUCUUCCAGCAAUCCGCAACAUGGAACAGCACUUUAUGACUUCACUGCUGGUGGUGAUGAUGAGCUUAACUUGACAGCAGGCGAGGAGGUUGACAUACAGUACGAAGUGGAUGGCUGGUUCUAUGUGAAGAAGAAACGCCCUGGGAGAGAUGGAAAAAUGGCUGGGCUUGUCCCAGUUCUAUACGUUAAUCAGUCUUGAGUAGUUUGGUAUAGGUUACCAGAAAAAUUGAUCAUCCCAUUGUUUUUCCUUGCUGUUUGGUAUGGCUGGGCCUGGUCACUUCGAUGUGCUUGUUCAAGUUUGGUAUUUUUGCCUGCCAGCAUGAUUUUUACAGCUGACACAUGCCCGAGCCUCAAUAACCGUCCACAUUUUUGGAACAGUGGACGUUACAUGAAGAAUCAGUCAAUGUGUGAAUACUUUUUGUUCAUAAUUCUUUCUUAACAACCAUGUUAUUUAAUAUCAUUUUUGAGCGAUUGGUUGUGAUUAUGAUGUCAUAACUUGUAGCCUAAAAAUGUGUGAAUGUCAUUUUUCUUUCUAUACUAAAUUGUUUAUUCUUGAUAAGCAA